UUCUAUUUCUGCCACCUACUGGAUUAAAGUUACUAAUAAUCUCUCUAUCUCUCUCACACACGCGUUCUCUGUGACUGUAUCCUCAUCCUUUUUUUCUCUCUCUCUGUCUCUCUCUGAUUUCUGCUUCAGAAUUAAGAGUUCAGAACUUCCGGGCUCUGCUAAAUGACACACACAAUACGUCAAGGUCCAAUCCAACUGAUCCCAAACACCAACAUUUGUCUCACCAACAACAGAAGCAGAUGGGGAAGAAAGGAGGAAGCUGGUUCUCAUCAGUGAAGAAAGUUUUCAAGUCAUCUUCUAAGGACUCGCCGGUGCCGGAAAAGAAGAAAAACAAGGAAGAGAAAUGGCAGCAUGAAGUUGCAGAGGUGGUGUCUUUUGAGAAUUUUCCUCCAGAGAGUUCUCCAGAUGUCACCAAUGAGGGAAGUACCACAUCAACACCUGUGACUGAAGAUAGAAAUCAUGCCAUUGCCUUUGCUGCAGCAACUGCCGCAGCUGCUGAAGCUGCAGUUGCAGCUGCUCAAGCAGCUGCUAGAGUUGUGAAAUUGGCAGGUUAUGGACGCUACUCUAACGAAGAAUCUGCAGCAACACUCAUUCAAUCAUACUACAGAGGAUACCUUGCUAGACGUGCAUUGCGUGCUUUGAAGGGAUUAGUGAGGCUGCAAGCACUUGUGAGGGGACAUAAUGUGCGCAAGCAAGCGCACGUGACAAUGCGGUGCAUGCAAGCAUUAGUCCGAGUACAGGCACGAGUAAGAGCUCGCAGACUCCACUUGACUCAGAAGAAGCAAAGAGAACUCGAUGAACAAAAACCUAAGCUUAUGAGCCCCGUGACAAAGUUAAACUCAGAUGGUUGGGAAAAUAGGCGACUAAGUAGUCAGAAAAUUAAGGAACGUGAUUUGAUGAAACAUGAAGCUGCAAUGAAAAGGGAGAGAGCUCUUGCAUACGCUUACAACUGCCAGCAGCAACAGCAGAAGCAAUAUUUGCAGAUAGACCAACAUGGUGAUGAUAUUGGAAGCGAUUGGAAUUGGUUGGAAAGUUGGAUGUCAUCACAAUCACACCAUGUUAGACAUUUGGGGUCACGUGGGACCCAAUACAUGACUCUUAAUACAGCCACUGCCACCGCAGAUGACAUGUCUGAAGAAAAAACAGUUGAAAUGGACAUGGUUCUGCCUCUGGACUCAACUCACCCCAACAUGGGCCUCAUGAAUCGAGACUUUCUUUAUUCAAGCCCAAUCUCCAAUCGGCACCACCAUCGGCAGCACAGUGGGAAUGUACCUAGCUAUAUGGCUCCAACCCAGUCAGCAAAGGCCAAGGUUCGGAGUCAAGGCCCAUUUAAGCAACGGACUUCAUCUGGGCCUCACUGGAACUCAUCCACUAGGAAUAGUCCUGCUAUUGGGUUGGGCUGUGACUCAUCCAGCUCUGGUGGGGCCACUACAGCUAAUCAAUUUUUAAGGAGUCCAAGCCCAAAAAUCAAUGGGAUUCGACCCCAAUCUAGACGGAUUUCAAGUGGUUGCCCAGAUGAUGUUGGGGUUGAAGAUUGGGCCGUUCCUCUUGGACCCCACGGUUGGGCAUGACUUGAUUAAUUAGUUUAUUUUCUGAACAUCGUAAUAAUUAUCAUAGCAUGCUUUUGUAUGGUCUGAACUUUGGUCGUUGACAUGCAUUGGUAUUUAUUAUUUAAGGACAGUUUAAUAAUGUCGUUGAUGUCAUGAACAACAAAAUCUGAGAUUGUAUUACCCCCAACCAACACACAAAAAACGAGAUUGUAAUAUCUAGGACUCGUGUAAUAUA